CGGUUGCAAUGUGGAUGAAAAUAUUUUUGUUUUCUAUUUAUUUUACUUUUAUUUUACCUGUUGCGUCUGGUGAAACAACCUUACAACUUGUCCAAGUGUUAUUUCGCCAUGGUGACAGAAGUCAAACGAGCAGCUACCCUACAGACCCAUAUACUGAGGCUGACUGGCCACAGGGAUAUGGUCAACUAAGCAAGAAAGGGAUGAAGCAGCAGUUCAACCUUGGCAGAUACCUGAGACAGAGAUAUGUUACAGAAGCUGGAUUUCUGAAUCCAAGAUACAAAAGAAAUGAGGUGUAUGUCCAGAGUACUGACUAUGACCGUACAAUCAUGAGUGCGACCACCAACCUUGCGGGACUCUUCCCUCCAGCUGUUCAAGAUAAAUGGGACCUUGACUAUGGCUGGCAACCUAUCCCAGUUCAUAUAGUAACAGCAGAUCAUAUAAUGCCUCUUGAGGAUGUCCUUGACUAUUGUAAAAAACCAACAGAUGAGAACAAAGCAGACCCAGUAUGGUUACAGCGAUAUCAGGAAAAUAAGGAGCUUUAUGACUUCAUUGCCAACAAAAGUGGUGUCACACUAGAACCUGGUCUACCUACUUGGCAGAUAAGCGACCAACUUUUCUGUCAGGGCCAACACCCAGAGUUGAACUUCAAGAAGCCAGAAUGGGUGAAUAUAACAGUUCUGGAUCUUUUGAAAGAAGACAGAGAAUACAAGGCUGGGCUGGCACACUCUAACAUUGAUAAUGCAAGGAUGGUCAUAGGUGUGCUAUUGAAUGAGAUGGUCUCCAACAUGAAAUGUAAGAUUUACAAUGACUCUUCCUGCAAUUUCAACACACAUAAGUUUGAUAGGAUCGGCAAACAAGGAAUAAAACUUAACAUGUAUUCAGCUCACGAUACACAGAACCUUGCACUGUUGGCUGCACUGAAAAUUGACAACACCAACUGGCCGGUAUAUUGCCAGACAGUUAUAGUAGAGCUUCAUAAGAGAGCAGACAAAUACUACGUAGAAUUAUAUCUAAGAAAUAAAACAACUAACUUUGAAGACACAUCAGAUGCACCAUUCAACUUAACCAUUCCAGACUGUGGUCAUAGCUGUCCCUUUGAAAGAUUUGUAGAGCUGACGUCUAAUGUGACAAUAAAUUAUGAGACAUUCCAAGCACUAUGCAACCCCCCUCAUUCAUGGAAUCUUCCAUCAAAACAUGAAGCCCCUCCUAAAAAACAAAUGGUCCAAAGAAUGGGUCAAUAUGUGAAAAACUCCUGGGAGUGAUAGGUGCGAGUGUGGGUACAAGUCUAGGUGUGGGUAUUUUGCUCUGUAUACUGUGCUCUUGUUGGAAAAGACAACGUAAAGUCAGAUAUCAACACUACAGGGAAGUGGAAAUGAGAUAGCACCUACAGCAGCUGAGCACCAGAAUAAUACCUGCAGCACCAGACUAGCACAUAUAGUAAUUACUUGGUCAGACCUCAACCCCCCCCCACAUUUUCCAUUCUCUUCAUGACAAAGUUUGGAAUGUACUAUUGGGGAACAGAGAUUUAAUGCAAUGCUUAUUUAUACCAGAACUGUAGCUCAAAUAGCCUUGCCCAAGUUGGUAUUUUUUGAGAUAGCACCUGCAUUACCAGACUAGCACAUAUAGGAAUUACUCGGUCAGAUCCCAAUCCCCCCCCC